UGGCUGCGCUGAGGGAGUGGAAGAGCGUUAACAGUGUGCCUUUGAAGAAGGCAGAGUGUAAUAUGACAGAUGAGGCUGCUCCGCACGCGACGUUCACCGUUUGCACAGAUGAAAACACUUCUCGAUAUACAAGAGUUAUUUCAUCAUUAGACGGGGAAGGAUAUUCCUGUGGACUGCUUUUAUUUCCAGCUGUGCUCAUUGAAUGAUUUGAUACCCUGCUUGGAUCUAUACUAAACCCAUGCUGACAUACACGCUUUAUUCUCUGCAUUCUUCACGACCGUUGUCUAGGCUUAGGGUGACUGUGUCAGUCCUAAUCCCUGCUGAUUUGUUUACCUAUCCAGGACGUCUACUUUUAAGUCAAGCCUGACAAGAAUAUAGAUCCAGCUCACAGCCAGCGCAUAAUAAAUUAACCCCUCUGCCUGUAUUUGUAUGUGCCAAAACCUAUCCCCUGGAUUAAAUUCUUGACAGUCUGUUUUGAUGCAACACAUUUGUCUCGCUUCCAUAGUCAGAGCCAGACGUGCACUGACGGCCUCAUCAGCACCGAGUGGUUGACCGAGAAGUGCAUUGGCGAUUCAAAUCGGCAAGAAUAGCGUUAUUAAAGUAACCGAAGAGCCACGUUUUAAGGACGAUGGACACCUUGUCCCAGAACUCCAGGCUUGAGUGCCAAAUCUGUUUCAACUACUUCAGCCAACGGCGCCGUCCCAAACUCCUGCACUGCCAGCAUACCUGCUGCUCCGUGUGUCUGAGCCAGAUGUGGCUCAGUCAGAGAGAGCUUCGCUGUCCUUGGUGUCGUAGUGUGACGCAGAUCCCUGGCGGACUUUCGGUCUCCCAUCUUGCAGACGACCCGGACGUACUUUCCAUUAUCAGUCCGUCUCACUCCUCUGAGCACACUCCCAUCUUUAUACACUUACCCAACAGCGGCUGCUACCUGCUGCCCAUCCCUCUGGACACAGAUGAGGCGUUGCUUCCCGGACAACCAGCGUGCCGAUUUGGCCCUAAAAGCGUUGGGGUGUUAAACGUCUCUGAUGGCGGGAACCUCGUGCUGGGGGAUGACACAGGUGAGGAGGGGAUGGAGGAGGAGGAGGAGGUGGCGGUUAAGACCAAAGCAUGGACGGGGGUUUGCACUGUGCUACUGGUGGCACUCAUUUUGAUUUUUCUGCUGGGUAUUGUGUUGCAUAACAUGUCCUGUGUGUCCAAACGCUUCACUAUUAUUUCCUGCGGAUGAGACCGAUUCAUCAAAUUCACUUGUAAAGGACCAACCAACCAAUAUCGCUCGGAAUCUGUUAUGUGAUUUCAGAUGUGAUUGUGAUUAUGUACAUCACAUAUCUAUGGUGACUAAUAUAUGGUAGAUGAGCCGAAGGGAAUGAAAGUCAAGGACACAAAUCUAUGCGAUUUGUGUUAUUUCCAAAGUGCGAAAGCCCUGAUUCGCUCAUUUGCAGGGAAUUUGUUCAAUUAAUGUGCAGAAAUGUCAUUAAAGAAUCUAGCAGUAUUCACUCCAUGUAUUUGCAUGUUUGUAUGUACCUGAGGGAAAUUAACUUGGUUAGAUCUGUGCGUUAUUGACAGCCUGUAGGCGUUGUGCAGUUUGUAACUGAACACUAAAAUUGAGAAAUGAAUUUACAUGUUGCUAAAUAGCUGCACUGCCUUUAAAUAAUGUUUAUUGCUGUGUUUGAUUGCUGUAUGUUUUAAGGUGUUUCAUUAAAGCAGUUUCUUUAAAAUACAACAAAUCAAAUGUUUCUUA